AUGACUGGCCAAGGCAUUGUUCCACAUCUGGGCAUCACGCCGAACUCGGCAAGGCGCGAAUCGGAGCGCACCUGCUGGAUAUGCUUUGCAACGGAGACUGAGAAUCUGAUGGCUACCUGGCUGCAUCCGUGCCAGUGCCGCGGCAGCACCAAAUGGGUGCACGAGAGCUGCCUCUAUCGCUGGAUCGACGAGAAACAGAAUGGCAAUUCGCGCGCAAAGGUUACCUGUAUGCAGUGCCAAGUCGAGUAUAUCAUCAUCUUUCCGAAGGUUAGCCGUUUGGCCAUAAUCUUGGAGCGCUUUCAGGAUAUCGUCCGUCACUGCAGUCUUUUUGUCGCUGCAAGCGCCUUUUUGGGCUCCGUUUAUUGGACGGCCGUCACUUAUGGCGGCCUCACGGUCAUCCAGGUGUUUGGCCAGCAGCGCGGCAUGGAGAUAAUGGAGAAGGGUGAUCCCUUUAUUCUGCUAGUCGGGCUGCCCUUCAUACCAGUGGCACUAAUACUCAGCCGCCUCAUACGGUGGGAGGAUGCUCUGCUGCGGCUCUGGCACAAGCGCCAUGAAAUUGCAGACAACUUGCCGCUGGUCAAACGGCUGUUCAAUCGGCCGUCCAAUUCGUCGCUCAGGGCCGGAGAGCCGGCGCCGCUGUCGGUGCCCGAUGAGCCGGUGGACUUUGCUCGCAUUUUCUGCGGCGGCAUUAUGUUGCCCAGCAUUGCGACAAUAAUGGGCAAUAUCAUGUAUAGAAAUAUGACGCCUCCGCUGUAUCGGACGCUGCUUGGCGGCGCCACGUUCAUCGGAGUGAAGGGCAUACUUAAGAUAUAUUUGCGACAAAAGCAAUAUCUAAACAAGACGCGCCGUCACAUUGUCGACUACACCGAAGAGAACGUGCGUAUCUAUAUGUCGGACGGACAGGAUGAAUCCCGGGAAAGUGUACGCCAAAUCGCCGGCUCUGAAGACAACGAAUCCGAUUUAGGUGAGGACAUGGAAAAUGAGGUUGCUGAUGCAGAUGUCGAUAUUAAUCCGGAUGCGACUCAAACAUCGGACAUAGACGAUUCGCAGUUCGAUGAUGUUAGAGAUCAUGUUAUUAUAAGCGUGCCAGACCGUCCAUAUACAUUGUUUCUUAGCUAA